AUGUCUACCAUACCUCGCAGAAAACUUGCCUGUCGAAUCUGCACACGCCGAAAGGUCAAGUGCGACAAGGAAAUUCCGUGCGAUAAUUGCGUCAGGAGGGGGACUACUUCCGAAUGCGAACGUGCUGGAGACGAUGAACUCAGUGCUCAGAGUAGCACAUCAGUCUCUGGGCACGUAAACGAUGAGGCUGCUUUCGAUACUCUUCGGCGUCGGGUGAUUGAGCUCGAGGCGACCUUACAGCAGAAAAAUGCCGAGGCGAGCAAGGCGGGCCGGUCGCCGACCCCAACAGCUGACCAAGUCGUCGGCAGGGUUGCGCAAGAUGGAUCAUCCUCACCGAGUCAAGACUCAGGGAUUGAAGAUGCAGUUACAGUCCUAGAAUUUCUUGCUUGGGGUCGCAUGAAAGACCCAGACCGAACCAUUCUGUCUCCAGAAGCCCUCAGAGUCUCGGAGCAGGAGGACGGCGUUGGUGUCAGUCCGGACGAAGACCUUGAUGGUACCUUGAACCCUGACGUAAAUCUCGUCCCUUGGUUACAAAUCUUGCUUCCCUCACGGCGUCAAGUGUAUCAUCUGGUGGAAUACCACAAUAGUUGCUUGCUUUGGUUUCAUGGCUCAUAUCUCACACCAACCUUCUCGGAGCAGCUUGAUUCGUUCUACGACGACCAUCAUGGCAACUUUAAUUCAGUAGGGCUCAACCUACAAUGGGUAGCCUUGCUAUUUUCCAUAAUGGCAGGGACCAUCACUUCGGCUCCGACACACGAGGCCAGAAAGUGGGGAUUCGAGGAAAGCGAAUCUAGACUAUUGUCCCAAAAAUGGUUCAAAGCAGUGAUUAUCUCUUUAAACGCCGCCAAUUAUACAGCGCAUCACUCCGUAAAUGCAGUGCAGGCCAUAACAACAUUGACAAACACUGCUCAUAUGUUAGGCCACUCCAACACUCAGUCCGUGAUGUUAGCAUCAGCCAUUCGGAUAGCUCAGAGCCUGGGCCUUCACAGGCUCGAUGAGGAUGCUCGAGAUGGAGAGGUUGCACUAGAGACCGGGCGCCGGGUUUGGCAAGAGCUCUGCACGCAGGACUGGUUCAGCACUGCCUUCUCUGAAUCCUACUCGAUCAAUCCGCUCCACUCCAUCUCGCUUCCUCCGAAGAAUUGUGACGAAAAUUUACAAAUCCUUCCAGAGGCAGAGCCGACAAUUACAAGCUUUUGCCGGUUUCUCGCUCAGGUCGCCGCAAUUAUGCCAGCUUUACAAGAUGCCAUGGCAUUGUCUAAUACUUUAUACACAAAACAUGAAGCAGUUCUGGUUCACGACAAGAAGAUGCGAGCGCUGGCCACAGCGAGACCCCCCUUUCUUGCAAACACAGCUUUGAAUGAAAACUGGCCCUGCUAUAUUCCUUGGGCGCGCCAAGCGAUCGCCAUGAGUUCCGCCCACAAGAUCAUCAUGAUUCACCGCAAGUUUCUAGGCCUGAGUUUCUCCAACCAUUUCUUUGCAUUCACUCGGCGGACGUGCUUGGCAGCUUCCAAAACCAUUCUAAAAGAGUACCUCGCGAACAGUAGAGACGAAUCCAGUCCAAUGCUGUGGACCCACCAAGCGUUCUCAGUCGCAGCAUGUAUCGUAAUAUACUUUGAUCUUCUCCACUCAUCGUCAAAUGACCAGGAUGGAGCAGACCUCGUAGAACAAACCAUCGAGCAUCUUCAAUUAUGUCGGCAAAAGAGUAUGAUCGCGGCCCGCGGCGUUAAAGUAUUGAAUGCUUUGCAAAAGCAAGUUGCAGACCGCGCUGAGAGUCGAAAGAGACCACUUGAGAAUGCGAGACACGAAGCCUCAAGGAAACGACAUCGAGGGUUUGAUGCCGCAGAGUUCGCCCGAUCCUUCGAGAAUGGCUCAUCUCUUCCUACCAAACCUCAAGAACGACAAACUCGUGUAUCAGGGUUGAAUAUUCAUCCUCUGCGGCAUACCGAUGACUCUCAAGCUAUCGGAUUGGACGAAUCAUUAAACCUCCCAGCAGACAUGAAUUGGAUAUGGAAUAUGCCAGUAAACGAUGCAGAUGGCACGCAGACAUUUGACAGUCUGAUGUCGUUUGCUAAUCACGGCCUUGGGCUUUGA